AUGUCUGCAGAGCUUCUCGAACAAUCUCGCCAGGAGGAGACCUUCACAGAUAUGUACACCACGCAUUCACAGAUAACACAGACCACAGCCAACGACAUCGACAUGCAAAAAUACCCAUUGAGCUGGAAAUCUAUUAGGAUAUACUUGGGAGCUUCGAUGGGGGGGCUACUUUUUGGCUAUGAUGGGGGUGCAAUUGCUGGUGUUCUUUUGGCAAUCAGACCGCAGGAUUUGGGUAUGGAUGUACUGUUGGACUACCAAAGAGGACUCAUCACAGCCAGCGCAGCGUUGGGAUCGUUUUCUGGCUCGAUCUGUGCAUUUCCGAUGGCAGACAUGCUGGGGCGGAGACGAACACUGGGCUUAUGUUCCCUGUUGUUCAUAAUUGCUGCCCUGGUGAUGGCUACGGCUGUGCGCCUAUACACACUCAUCGCAGGCCGCAUAGUUUUGGGCAUCGCUGUAGGCAUAGCGGCACAGUGUGUACCGGUGUAUCUUAGUGAGGUAUCUCCAAGCUCAGCAAGAGGAACUAUUUUGACCCUGAAUACGUUGGCUAUCACUGGCGGGCAGUUGCUUGCCAGCAUACUUUCCUGGGUGAUUUUGGAGAGGCCAUAUGCAUGGAGGAUACUGUUUGCGACAAGUGCUAUUCCUGCUGUUACUCUACCUCUUCUACUAAAGUUUAUACCAGAGUCACCCAGAUGGCUGAUACUUGUCGGAGAUCCCCAGGAAGCGCGUAACUCGCUCUCCGCGAUCUAUCCACAAGCUACUGAUCUACAAAUAUUGAGCAAGCUGGCUAAAAUGAUACAAAAUAUAUCCAAGAUUCAAGGUGCCGGCGGAGAAACACAGCCUCUAGUAGCCAGAGGGCGAGUUUCCCACAAAAGGUUAAGCACAUCCACAGAAUACGAAAGUUACCUGAGGGAAUUCGCAAACAGAAGAAAUUCCGAAUGGUCCUACCCUCAAAAAAGAUAUAAAAUGGAUCCACGAACACGCAGAGCUCUUGCUGUUGGAUGUAUUCUUAUGUUCUUCCAACAAGCAACUGGUUUCAAUGCCUUCGUGUAUUUCUGCCCGUUCAUGUUCUCCAGCAUUGGUAUGGACGAUCCGCUACUACCAGUCGUUGCUGUUGCCCUCAUCAACUUCAGCUUUACAAUUUUUGCCAUGCGCGUUGUCGACCGCGUAGGUAGGCGCAGUAUUCUACUCAACAGUAUAUGGAUCAUGUCACUCGGGUUGGUGCUAAGCAGCACAGGGCUUGAAAAUGGAAAUUCUUCCCUUUUCAUCAUCGCACUUUUGAUAUACGUUGCUGCCUAUGCCAUCGGCAUGGGAUCAGUACCUUGGAUGAGUGUGGAGUUUUUGCCAUUGAAUCAACGCUCUUUUGGCGCUUCCUGUAUCACAUGUACAAAUUGGUUGACGAACUCCGCGAUAUCAGCGUCUUUUCUUCCAUUGGUCAAUGCCUUCAGUGGGCAGCAAGUUAUUGUCGUUUUCGUCGUCUCGACAGUCAUCAACUGGUUCUUUGUUUACUUCUGGUACCCGGAGGUGAAAGGUCUAUCGCUGGAAGAAAUUGGCCAGGUUUUUGAGGAUGGCGUAGAUGUUCAUUAUGUAUAUAGGAAGUAUCAUUGA